AUGGUACCUCCAAAAGCGCUCUCUUCAUCCUUGGGCGUCUGGGCAUCCGCAGGUUCUACGGCAGUGCCGGCAGAGCAACAGACAUGCCAGCCCGGAUUUGGAAGCGGAGCUGCUAAGGAUGGCGUAAGAAGUUACUUCCAGGUUCUCGAAGAACCGGGAAGUCUUCUACGUUCCGGAGAGCCGCUUGUGUCCCGCCUCCGGGCUGGUUGCUGCUGCCAUCAUUGGCACCCAGCAACCCUUCACAGGCCUACUGCAAAAAGUGCAGCAGUCUGUGUCAGAUUCUGGACAGUCUGGCAGGUUGGCAGUGCGUCAGAAUCUGCUGCGCUUCGGCUGCUGCGGGCUAACAGGCCAGCUAAGGCCACAAUUGUUUCCAUGGACUGA